ACAAUCAUAAUAAUUAGUAUCAUGAAGUCAUUGAGCAGCGUUUCUUUUCUUCGCCUCGCCACCAUCGUCUUCCACCUCAUUUCCUUGGCUCAGGUCACUGAAGCCAAUGGCAGCGACUCUGACCCUAAUAAAAAGAUGUUUUGUGUGCCGACCAAUCAAGCUUCCGAUGCUGAUUUACUGAAAGCCUUGGAUUGGGCAUGCAGCCAAGGCAUUGAUUGCAGUCCGAUUCAGCCGGGUGCCAUUUGCGGUAACCCACCCACCAUCAGGUCUCGUGCAUCAUUCGCCAUGAAUUCUUACUACCGGUCUAAAGGAGGCCUUCCUGGCGCUUGUGAUUUCAGUGGCACUGCAACUCUCAUCACCGAGGAUCCAAGCUAUGGAAAUUGCAAAUAUGUUUGAAGAAUUGGAUCAGGGAAGAUCAGUUAUGACCUAUGGCUCAAGAGUAUGCUUUGCUAUG